UGAAUUGAAAAGCUGCAUCAACACAAUCCACAUUCAGAUGAAAGCUGUACAUUCAAUAGCUCUGACCUGCAUAGACAUACUGGACAGAACAUGAGUAAACAGAAAGAAGAGAAGGGAAUGGUGAGCAGCCUGGUGAACGAGUGCUGUGCAUUCCUGAAGUCUCGGCUGUGUCCCAAGAACUGCAUUAACAUCUGGCGUUUUGCUCAGUACUCCUUCUGUGAGAAGUUGAAGCAGCAGGCCUUCUGGUUUAUCUUGCACAACUUUGAGGAGAUGGUGCGUCUCUCUGAGGAGUUCCUGGACCUGACGGUCGAGCAGCUGAGCGAGAUCAUCGAGAAGGACGAACUGAACGUGAAACAGGAGAGCGUGGUGUUCGAGGCCGUCUUACAAUGGAUCAAACAUGCACCAUGGAAACGGAAAGCGCACAUAGGAGUGUUACUGCCCAAGGUCCGUCUGGGGCUACUAACGCACGAUUACCUUAUGAACAAUGUGAGCAACAACAUUUUAGUGAUGGACAACAUGACAUGUAAGCCGAUCGUCACCAGCGUUCUGAUGGGCAUCGAUGACCUCAACCCGAGCCUUUCUCUCAGCUCUGAUCUCACGAGACUCCGCCUGCCCGGUGCUGUUCUGCUGGCCAUUGGUGGCUGGGGCCGCAGGAAUCAUACCAAUGCCAUAGAAGCAUAUGAUAUGCGAGCGGCACGCUGGGUAUGCGUCACGUGCAAUGAUGAGAGUCCACGGGCCUGUCACGGGACGGUGUAUCUGAAUGGCUUCGUGUACUGCAUUGGAGGAUUCGACUGGGUGAAUUACUUCAGCAGUGUGAGAAGGUUUGACCCUAUCACCAGAACCUGGGCUCAGGUGAGCCCCAUGCACUCUUGCCGGUGUUACGUGAGCGUGUGUGUACUGGAUGGUCAUAUCUAUGCGAUGGGAGGAUUUGAUGGUGUCCAAAGUCUGAAUACGGUUGAGCGAUAUGAACCUGAGAAUAAUAAGUGGAGCAUGAUCACACCGAUGCACGAACAAAGGAGCAAAGCAAGCGCUACAGUACUUAACGGCAAAGUGUACAUAUGCGGAGGGUUGAACGGGAGCGAGCGUUUGUUCACGGGGGAGUAUUACAGUCCUCAGACGGGAGUGUGGACCCUCAUCCCCCCCAUGAUGAUCAGAAGGAGUGGACUGGGUGUGGUCGCGUACGGAGGACAGGUUUACGCUGUCGGGGGAUAUGAUGGUAAUAAUCAGCUAAGUGAUGUGGAGGUGUAUAAUCCUCAAACCAACAUGUGGAGAAAAGGUCCAGCCAUGAACAACCAGCGUAGCAACUUCGGCAUUGAGGUGCUGGACAAUCUCCUGUUUGUUGCUGGAGGAGAGAAUGGCACUACCAUCAUGGAUGAAGUGGAGUGUUAUGAUCAGGAGACUUCUGAAUGGCAUGCAGUCAAAAACUUGGGGAUUUCCCGCAGUGGUCUGAGCUGCUGUGUGCUGUCUGGUUUACCCAACAUGGCCGAGUACGUGGCGCCCCGAGACAAUGCCUACGGAGUCCCUCAGAGUUCAUGGAGCACCAGGGGCUACCUCACACCUCCUGCCAACAUCUGAGGCAUACAAAUAAACCUCUCCCUUCAUCAGCAUCCUUUUGUUCUUGAGAAUAAAAUUAAACAUUCUGAAGCAGUGAAACUACUGAAUUUCCUUUUGUUUACUCUCUUAUGCUGCAAGUCGUUGUACUGAAACUCAUAAAACCACAAUGUCCAAAGUGCGAUAGAAAAGUUAACGUCCACCGUCCUGAGAUCUCACACACACACACUCACACCUGCAUGACACAACGACAUGGCAGUGCUCACAUGGUCAACGCUAAACAGAAUUCCCUUCAUGUUAUUUUCUAUGUGAUGAAACUGGACUUUGUUGACAUGUAGAUUUUGUGUCAUAAGUUUAGGUUUGUGACGUAAUUCACUAACGUAAAUCACUAACAUGAUAAAAUCACGGUAACGGAUCAUUUUUACAAGCAAAGAUGAAGACAGGGGACGAAGAUUAUGCAUCAUUUCUCUCUGUACAUCACAGGAAUAAUUAAUGUAGAUCUUAUUAAUAUGUUUAUCAAACUCAAAUAUGACCUUGCUCUGAGUAUCCACCAUUAUUUCCGAGCUGAGCCGGAAUGCUUUUAGAUCAGAAUGCCUUUAGAUCGGAAUGCUGGAAAAUUGGUUCUGUACUUUCGAGUACAGAAAAAUAAGCUUGAGUACAACGGAGUGCAGCAUUAAUACCAGCAGAUCCACAUUCUGUUUAAUACCCAGCAAACACAAACGCGCUUUCGACGAAGUCAGGUGAACCCAUGCCAUUUAAAUGAAAGCUACAAUUAGUCGAAAAGAGGCUUGAUCAUGACGAAAAAAAAUCAUCGACGUCAAAUAUAUGUAGAAAAGAAGCUUGAACAAUGUUAACAUUCUUGAAAUGCUAUAUUAUUUUGAAAUGAUGCGAAAAAAACUGAUUAAUGAAGUUACUGCUAUGUAAUUUCAAAGAAAUAUAUCUAGUUGUGAUUGUUCAUUGUUCAUUAAGAUUUAUUUUUAUUUAAUUUUUUAUGGGAAUAAGAAAUCUCUUGCAUAUGAAACUGCCCAUACCAAAACAUACGAAGCUAAGCACGCUCAUGCGCAGAUAUUGUCCCUUAACCUUGUUGGAUAUUAUUGUAUAGGCUAUAUCUUGAACUGGUAUGUUUGUGUUAUAUAUGAAUGGAUUGUUAAAUAGAUUAUACUCUAGGCAUUUCCAUGAUGUGUAAAAAUGUUGUUUAUUUUAUAUACCUGAAUAAAAGAUUCUGAAGUCGCAA